CUCAGCCUCAUUCAUUGCUAUAUAGGACACUGCACCCGUGGCUGUCUUUGGUUCAGGCGGCGCGACAAUCACUAUCGGCGAAGACAACAACUGCGACAAGGAACCUUUGUUGUGAAGACGCGACCGGACCCCUAUUCCUUGAGCUCCCUCACUUGGCGGAUCUAGCCGGAACGGAAAGAGCUGGACAACGCGACAGUUCGACAUUGAGAACAUGUCGAAAGCGAAGACUGACAAGGCGACCAAGUCGCUGGCUGAAGAACCUCAUGGCUAUGAGUUCCUAGGACCCCCCGGAGCUUUUAUCAUCUCUUUCGGUCUUCCAGUCUUGGUGUACGUCUUCACGUUCCUGUGCAAUGACAUCUCUGGAUGCCCGGCGCCUGUCCUUCUUCACCCCUACAGCUUCACUCUCGAGCAGCUGAAGAGGGAGGUAGGGUGGACUGGCUUCUCGGGUCUACUCAACACCCAAGCUUUCAUUGGUACUCUGGCCUACUACUUUUUGAGUCUGUUUCUCUACCGAUUUCUUCCUGGCCAGGAGGUUGAGGGUACCGAGCUCAGGAGCGGCGGAAGGCUCAAGUACAGGUUCAAUGCCUGGAACUCAGCCCUCUUCAUCAUGACCCUUCUCGCUGCUGGCACCAUCUCCCACGGUGCCGAGUUCCCCGUCUGGACUUUUAUCACCGAUAACUACGUUGGAAUCCUGACGAGCAACAUUCUCAUCUCCUACUUCCUGGCCACUUACUGCUAUGUCGCUUCUUUCAGUGUCAAGCACCCCAAGGAUCCGUCUAUGCGCGAGCUGGCUGCCGGUGGCCGUACUGGUAACAUGCUCUACGAUUGGUUCAUCGGACGUGAGUUGAACCCUCGUGUCAACAUGCCCAUCUUCGGAGAAGUUGAUAUCAAGGCAUGGUGCGAGCUUCGCCCCGGAAUGCUGGGAUGGAUCAUCCUUGACUUGGCCUUCAUCAUGCAGCAAUACCGCAACUUCGGUCGCGUCACUGACAGCAUCCUCCUUGUUACCGUCGCCCACACCGUCUACACAUUCGAUGCAUUGUUCAUGGAGCCCGCUAUCCUGACCACCAUCGACAUCAUCGCCGACGGCUUUGGUAUGAUGCUUUCCUUCGGUGACCUUGUCUGGGUACCCUUCACUUAUUCCAUCCAAACCCGCUAUCUAUCUAACUACCCCGUUGAUCUCGGUCCAGUUGGUAUUGCUGGCGUUUUGGCCGUCCAGGGUAUCGGAUACUACAUUUUCCGCUCGGUAAACAACGAGAAGAACCGAUUCAGGACCGACCCCAACGACCCACGCGUCAAGCACCUCAAGUGCAUCGAGACCGCCGCAGGUUCCAAGCUUCUGAUCAGUGGCUGGUGGGGUAUGGCGCGUCACAUCAACUACCUCGGCGACUGGUUCAUGAGCUGGAGCUACGUUCUACCUACCGCCAUGUCUGGUUACCUCAUCAAGAACGCGGCUCAGUCUCCCAUCACAGCAACUCAGACCGACGCCUACUUCUACCAGAACAGCUACGGCAAGUACGCCGUGCCCGGUGAGGCCAAGGGUUGGGGUAUGAUCUUCACCUACUUCUUCAUGGUCUACUUUGCCAUCCUGCUCAUCCACCGUGAGCGCCGCGAUGAGGAGAAGUGCCGCAGGAAGUACGGCAAGGACUGGGACCGCUACGUCGAGCUUGUCCCGUACCGAAUCGUGCCUGGCAUCUACUAGAAGAUGUCAAAACUUCUGAUUGGGUGUCAAAAUUGGGGUGCGACGCUACCGCUUCGCGCGGUUGAAGACGUGCAUCCACUAUGUUUUUGUUUGUAUUUAUAUCUGGAUGCUUAGGAUGGAAUGCUACUGCAAGUCGGUUGAAGACAUACAUCCAUGUACGACUAUUGUGGAGGAGGAUGGAAUGCUACCGCAUGGUCGGUCAAAGACAUACGUCCUAGCGAGUUCGAGGAAAGGAAUUAGGAAAACGGUUGCAACGCUAUCGCGAAGGCGAUUGAAGACGUGCGCCGAAAAUGUAGGGACAGGUAGAUGGACAUGUAGCGCUAUCGCUCUCGAGCGAUCGAAGACGAACAUGUCAAAUUAUAUUAAUGUUUAUUCAUAUGACACGAG